UUGGCGUCUAAUCGGGAACGCCACUGAGCCAAAACCCUAGAUUCUGCUAAGAGGGAGCGCCAUCCUCAUCUCCAUCCUCUUCAUCAGGACGAAUCGAUCAAGAAAAUGGGGCAGAUUCAGUAUUCGGAGAAGUAUUUCGACGAUAUUUACGAGUACAGGCAUGUGGUUCUCCCCCCGGAAGUGGCGAAGCUGCUUCCCAAGAAUCGCCUACUUUCUGAGAACGAAUGGCGAGCCAUUGGUGUGCAGCAGAGCCGGGGAUGGGUUCAUUAUGCCAUUCACCGUCCCGAGCCUCACAUAAUGCUCUUCAGGAGGCCGCUUAACUACCAGCAGCAGCAGGAGAACCAGGCUGCGGUUGCUGCAGCACAGCUGCUUCCCAAGUGAUUCUUCUUCUUUUACAUGAUUUCCGAAGCUCUCUCUCUCUCUCUCUCUCUCUAGGCCAAAGUUAUCGUAAUGUGAUUUCGCAUAUGAUGUUCCAAUGUUUGUUGAAAUGCCUGACCGAAUGAGGAAAAAAAUUGUGUCGGUGGAGUAAACUGAUAUAUGAAUUCUAUGUGCCAUCUUUAUGGAACUGCUUUAUAAUGGUAGAAUUCUCUACUUAUUUAUUUGAUCUUU